AUGAUAUAUAGAAAUUUUACUUUAAGUGUAAGGCCACACGAUGCGUGCGGUGCGUUGCCAUCCAACCUCGAGCAGUCACGGCUAUUGUGGUCCCGGAGUCGCAUGGGGGUGACCUAUGCCCGCGGCAAUUGUGAUCCUGGCUUGGGUCUGACUCUGACGCCCAGUAGUGGGCGUCGAACGACGACGUUAGAGAAUACAUCAUCGCACCACGAAUGGGAAGAUCACAAGUUCAAAUGGGACCCCCUGGAAUAUGGUGGCGUGAAGGAACUCUAUGUACCAUCGGAACACAUUUGGUUGCCAGACAUCGUACUAUACAACAAUGCUGACGGAGAGUACGUGGUAACGACGAUGACCAAAGCAGUCCUGCACUACACCGGCAAAGUUCUUUGGACACCACCAGCGAUUUUCAAGUCCUCGUGCGAGAUCGACGUCAGAUAUUUCCCGUUCGAUCAGCAGACCUGCUUCCUAAAGUUCGGCUCAUGGAGCUAUGAUGGUGAUCAGAUCGACUUGAAACAUAUAAACCAGAAGAAAGGUGAUAUGGUAGACGUCGGUAUUGAUCUUAGAGAGUACUACCCAUCUGUCGAAUGGGACAUCCUGGGGGUGCCAGCCGAGAGACACGAGAGGUAUUACCCUUGCUGCCAGGAACCCUACCCAGAUAUAUUUUUCAACAUAACUCUCAGAAGAAAGACGUUAUUUUAUACAGUGAACCUGAUCGUCCCCUGUGUUGGCAUCUCAUACUUAUCGGUUCUAGUAUUUUAUUUGCCCGCAGACUCUGGAGAAAAGAUAGCACUUAGCAUUUCAAUACUGUUGUCACAGACUAUGUUUUUCUUAUUGAUUUCGGAAAUCAUACCGUCUACGUCACUGGCGUUACCUUUAUUAGGAAAGUAUUUACUGUUUACCAUGUUACUAGUAGGAUUAUCAGUUGUGAUAACUAUAAUAAUUCUGAAUGUACACUACCGAAAGCCAAGUACUCACAAAAUGGCUCCUUGGGUGAGAAAAUUCUUUAUAACUAAACUGCCUAAAUUGCUUCUGAUGAGAGUCCCUAAAGAUCUAUUGAGGGAUCUUGCUGCACAAAAGAUAGCUGGAAGAAGUUUAAAGAAGAAUAAGUUUAAAGACGCAUUAGCAGCAGCAGAGCAAACAAAUUCGAACGCUUCAAGCCCUGAUUCUCUUCGUCAUCAUAUGCCAGGUGGAUGCAAUGGUUUGCAUUCCACAACUGCUACUAACAGAUUCAGCGGCCUAGUUGGCGCUCUCGGUAGUCUCGGUGCUGGUUACAACGGUCUUCCAUCAGUUAUGUCCGGUCUUGAUGACUCCUUGAGCGAUGUCGUUCCCCGCAAGAAAUACCCUUUCGAAUUAGAGAAGGCUAUCCACAAUGUGAUGUUCAUACAACACCAUAUGCAACGACAAGAUGAAUUCAAUGCGGAAGAUCAAGAUUGGGGCUUCGUCGCAAUGGUACUCGAUCGUCUUUUCCUCUGGAUAUUCACCAUAGCCUCCAUCGUGGGAACAUUCGCGAUCCUCUGCGAAGCACCAUCACUAUACGACGAUACUAAGCCAAUCGAUAUGAUCCUUUCGUCCGUUGCUCAACAGCAGUUUCUUCCUGUCGACAGUGGAGAUUCCACAUAG